CAUUUGGUUAACGUUUCACAGCACUGUGACAGCCUGCAGCUCCUUGGAUCAUUCAGAGGUCUGACAGGUGACUCGAUCACUCCUGUAAGGCUGUGAUAAUGACACCCAUGGUGCAUCUGUUGUUACUCCUGUUCCUGAGCAGCAUUGCUGUUGGGAAGGAUCUGGAGGAGAAGAAGGGUCCAUUCCAGGACACUGAACUGGACGUGGCGGAGGGGACACCAGUACCCUAUGCACUGCAUCAGUUUCAGAUGGCAGGUGCGAGGGUUGAUGGUUUCAGGCUGAGUGGAGAAGGUAAGGAUGAUAUCAGGAUCUCAAAGGAUGGUUGGCUUUUCCUCGAGAAACCUCUGGAUUGGUCGAGAGAUAACCACUACAUUCUCACGGUGGAGGCCCUGGCAGAUGAUGUCGUGGUUGGUAACUCUAUCGUUGUGACCAUAAAUGUUUUGGACAUCAAUAACAACGCCCCGAUCUUCAACCAGAGCGGCUACACAGCUACGGUUCGAGAACACAAUCCAGCAGGUGUCACUUUUACUCAAGUGUUCGCAUCGGACAUGGACGACCCGGAGACCCCCAACGCUCAACUGAGUUACAGCCUGGUCAGCCAGAUCCCCAACAAUCACAACAUCCUCCUGUUCCAGAUCGAUCCUAAUACUGGAGAGAUCUCCACCACAGAAGAAGGAGAAGAGAUGCUGAAGGCCAAAGAAGGGAUACAUUAUGGCAGGGGAGAAGACGGGAGCAUUGAUGCUCUGAAAGGGAAGUUUGACGAGUACUGUUCCGUGCAGAAAGUCCCUUAUGAACAAAACCCCUUCUUCACUUGUGUGGAGAGAGCAGAACAGAGGAGGCGUAACGUGGACCCACUGGAGAACCCCGACUACACCCUAAUUGUGCGAGUGCAGGAUCAGAGGGGAACUUUAGAAAAACCGCUGAGUGGAAACACCAGAGUAAGCAUCGCAGUGCGGCAAAACAUGUGGAUGAACCCUGGGCCCAUAACUGUCCAAGAGAACUUAAAGGGAGCUUACCCUCGGGUCAUUGCUAAGGUCCGGUCUAAUGACCCUGAUGCCAUCUACAGACUGGUACAGAAAGAAAGACAGCUGAAAUUCCCCUUUAAGAUCACAGAAGAUGGAGAAAUAUUACUGACAGAAGAGCUCGACAGAGAGGAAAAAGACAUGUACAUCCUGGUUGUUUUUGCAAUGGAUGCACAUGACAACGAAGUGGAUCCACCUAUGGAGAUUCAGGUCUUGGUGGAGGAUGUGAAUGAUAAUGGACCAGUGUGUGAACAUGAGGAGAGUGUGUUUGAGCUGCAGGAAGAGGAGCCUGUAGGCAGCGAGGUAGGACACCUGUUGGCCCACGACAACGACAUGGAAGGGACAUUGAAUUCCCAGCUGACUUACGCCAUCGAGUCCCAAAGUUCUCCCACCACCCAAGCCUUCUCCAUUGAUGACACCGGAACAAUUCAGGCGCUGCGGUUGUUUAGGCGAAAGGAGCAGGCGGUCUAUAACCUCAACGUCAGAGUCAGUGACUCAGAUUUCAGCACAGUCUGCAAGGUGGUUAUCAAGAUCAUUGGCGUCAACAACGAGUUGCCUCUGUUUGAGAAGAAAGAUUAUGGCAGCCAAACCCUGGCAGAGGACACUCCUGUGGGACACACUGUGGUCACCAUCAAAGCAACAGACGGUGAUGAACCCGGCAGCGGCGUUUCGAUUAUUGAGUUCCACAUCUCUGCAGGCGACGAUGACGAACGCUUUAUCGUGGAAACUGACGGGAACGGUGUUGGUCAUCUGGUUGUAGCAAAGCCUCUGGACUUUGAGUCCUCUCCCAUGCACAACCUCAAGAUUGAUGCUCGCAACCCAGAGCCACUGAGGAAAGAUCUGCAAUACGGCAGCGAGUCCACUGUCACCGUCUCUGUGACAGUCACCAAUGUGGAUGAGGCCCCAGAGUUUAGCCUGGACAUGGACAUGGCUGUGUCUGUAGCUGAGGAUGCCACCAAGGGGUCGGUGCUGCUCAAGGUGGAAGCACAGGACCCAGAAGGGAAAGAGAUCAGAUUUAAGUUGGAUGGUGAUGCUCAAGGCUGGCUGGAAAUCGAUGCUUCCACUGGAGAGAUCAAGACCAAAAACAUACUGGACAGAGAGAAAGUGGAGAGCUUUGAUGUCACAGUCAUCGCCUUUGAGAAAGGAAACCCUGAGAUGUCGUCCGAACGCGUGGUCCACGUUAACCUGAUAGAUGUCAAUGACAACGUCCCCAAACUGACUGAGACGCAGUCCUACAUCUGCAUGAAGGACAUGAAGCCUGUCAUCAUCAAGGCUGAAGAUAAAGACGGCGCUCCUUUCUCCAAACCUUUCACUUUCAGCUUCGCCAACAGCAAGAAAUCACCCAACUGGGAGCUUCACAAAGUCGAUGAUGAAUCAGCUGAGCUGCGCCUGAAGAAAAAGCCAACUCAGGAUCGAACGUUCCCUCUCAGUAUCAACAUUGUUGACAAUGCAGGCGUAGGAAUCACACAGUUAUUUGAGGUGAGAGUAUGCAACUGCACAGAACUGGGCCACUGCUACACCGCACCUCAUGGAGUUGGAUUCAAACCUGAAAUAGGAGCAACCGUCGGGAUCCUUGCAGGCGUUCUGGGAUUUUGCCUUAUCGCCUUCAUCAUAGUGAUUAAACGCACAGGUAAAAAGAGCAAGUCUGAGGAGGAGAAUGCCAUGAUGUAAAGGCACAUGUGAUGUUUUAUUUAUAUACACUAAUAUCAAAAAUGAAGCUCAAGAGGUUUUGCAACUUGUACAACAUGAAUACACUCCUGUUCCUGCAAACCCAAAAACAUGUCUUUUUUGCUCUUCAGAGGACUAUACAUUCACUAGACCUUUGGCAAUUCUUUAAUUUUUUUUUAUCAUUUGGCCAUUUUAUAGCACCCUUCACUGCUAAACCAGAGACUAUAGAUGCAGCUUCCCAGCCAAUAAAGGCAUAUUUACAGGCAUCCUCCCCUUGAUUAAUGAACUUUCUCCAUGUAAAAUAAAUUAAGAAAAUUGCAUAAGUAAGUCAAUAGAACCACGUUCCAGUCCCCCCACCCCCCCAAAAAAAUAAAAAUAAAAUCAUGCAGCUUGUUGAGAAACAUGUUAAAGUCUGUUUUCAAGACUUUGGCUCUUUUAUUAGUAGCUUUAUCAUCUUCCAUGAUUAAAUUAUUGUUUUCGUUCUCUGCUUUUUGUGUUGAUCCAGAGCUUGUUAUUUUAUUCACUCCUGCUGAUGUCAAGUAACAUGUUAAUGAGCAAUUAUAACUAUGGUUUUGUAAAGAAGCAGCUAAUACCCUAGUUACCAAUAAACAAAAAAGUGGGAA